UUUCUGAUUUUCUGUCUACAAUAAAUGACAUCAAAGUUUCACAGUCAUGAAUAUGUCAUGUCUGAACAACACGGUGAACUACCACUGUUCAACCAAUAUGACUGACUGGGAAACAGCCAUGAACCAACUCUACACGUUCUUUUACCUGAUUAUCUUCAUCCCAGGCCUGCUGAGCAACACCCUGGCUCUCUGGGUGCUGUGUCGAUUCAUAAGCAAAAAGACGAAAGCCAUCAUCUUCAUGAUUAACCUGACCAUAGCUGACCUGGCUCACGUGAUGUCGCUGCCCCUUCGAAUUCACUACUACAUCCGACAAGAUUGGCCUUUUGGCAGCGGGUUAUGUCUGCUGUGUUUUUACCUGAAAUACCUUAACAUGUAUGCUAGCAUCGCUUUUCUGGUCUGCAUCAGCAUCCAGCGCUGUGCUUUUCUCAUGUGGCCGUUUCGCGCCAAGCACUGGAAGUCCCGCUAUGACGUCUGCAUCAGUGUUAUAGUGUGGGUGGUGGUGGGGCUCUGCUGCUCACCCUUCAUUUUAAUGAGGAACAGACCAGAUUCAGCAAAGGAAAACAGAAGCUGCUUCAAAGACCUGCCAAUGCGAAAGCUGCAAUUUCACUUAGCCAUUUCCAUGAUGGCCGCUGCUGAACUCUUUGGAUUUCUUGGUCCAUUAAUCAUCAUUGGCUUCUGUACUUACUUAAUAGUGAACUCUUUGCGACAGAAGAAUCGCAACGACCAGUCCACCAGUAACACAAGAAAGGCCUUGCGCAUGGUCAGGGUGUGCACAGGUGUCUUUCUCUUCUGUUUCGCCCCCUACCACAUCAACUUCCUGCUUUAUCUGAUGGUAACCCAGUGCAUUAUAACAAACUGUGAAGUGAGUCGGGCCAUCAGACAGUUUCACCCUAUUUCUCUCUGCAUGGCGAGCCUGAACUGCUGCCUCAACCCUCUCAUCUACUACUUCCUGACCACCGAGUUCAAGCAGCAGCUGUCCCAGCAUGGCAGCUCUGUGCUCAGAGGCCGUCUGAUGAGUAUGGAGAGCACGUCUUCUUAUCGGGAAUGAGUAAUGAGCAUGUGACGCGUCCGCAGUGCAUUUUCAUCGAUGAUGAAUUUUUCAUUUUUGUUAAAACAUUUAGUGUAGGGCUGCAACAAGCAACUAUUCAGUAUUUGUUUGUUUGUCACUUUCAAUGGAUCAAAUGUUUCACAUCAUGCUUAAAUCUUGCCAAACUGGAGUAUUUGUUGAAUGCUAUACAUUGCUUGAAAAUAUAAUACAAACAUAAAGCUUACAAUAUAAAUGAACAUUUUAUGUUGGCAUAGUUGCAAACACUGUAUGAAGUAUUUGAAGUUUAAUAGUGAAAAGCAUUAAAGACUAAAUUUGAAUGGAACAGAAAUUAAACUUUCUAUGGACUGCGUGACAGAGACGUUUAUUUUUAUAUAAUGCAGACAUCGAAUUCCAACAGGAUGAACUGAUAAUGUUUCAAUCUGAAUAGACAAAAAGCACUGAUAGAAGUGAAAAUGCCAAACUAACUUUAUCUGACACUGACUGAGCAAACUAAUCAUUUUAAACACCUGGUUAUUUGACAAAGUUAAAAAAUAAUGGAAACAAUACUGCAUAUUCAUGGAUCAAUGGACACCUGAUAACAUAAAUAAUUGGAUACACACUCACGCUCUUCAUGUGUUGUUCUUUAUUGUUCAUUAUUGUCUUGUACUUAGAAUAGAUUAGAUUAAAUGUGUUAAUGUUUAAUAAAUUAGAUUAAACAUUUAAAGGUGUUUAAUUUAAUGCCAUUAAAUGUAAAAUAUAUUUGAAAACUGUUUAAUUUUUUGAUGAUGUGUUUCUCCCUCAUUUACUCAUAAAUGUCCUGAUAUGAAUUUGCCGUAUGUAUCUGUGUAUUGAAUUAGUUUCUUGUUCACUUAAAUUUGUAUGGAAAAGAACAACAUCAUUCAGCAAAACAUUUUGAUUCGUGUUCCACAGAAAAAGAAAAAAAGAAAAUCAUGGUUUAGAAUGACAUUAAGGGUGAAUAAUUAAUUACAGAAUUUCAGCCAUUAAGGGAGUGAGAUUCGUCUGGGAUUUUUAUAGUUAAAGGUGCACUAUACAGGAUUUUCAGUAACUGUUAGUAAACACAACAUUCAGACUUGGCCCCUCCUCAUGGGCGGGGCACCACCAGAAGCCACACCCCCUGUCCUGAUAUGACAUCAGUUGCACACACAGCCGAACCGACUCAAGAGAAUAACCGUGGGUCUCAAGCCUGUUUUGUCAUUUUUCUUCAAGGGCCGGUAGAUUUGGGUGUCAUCAGCAUAAAAACGAAAUGACACCCCACGCUUGUGUCGGCCCUUUAAGAAUGUGGAUUGUGUGGUGGGUUGGUCAGGCAAUCACAUACUUAUAUACAGGCACAGGUGUGAUCUUCCUCCUCGUGGCAUUGAUGGUGUGACUUGUUUGUGUGGCACAUUUUCUCCACUCCUCUGACUAGUCGGUGUAUCCAGGCCUUGUUAGUGGGCAUGUUAAGUGUGUCUCGCACAGAAGAAGUGCCAGCUGGUGUUUUGCUGUGGCUCAUGUAGAGUCUGGAUUGCUGCUUGUUCUUUGUGGUUUUGAACGCCGUUAUUUUGCUGUUUGUCUGGAUGCAGCUUGUCUCUGUGUGCUAUAAAACAGUGGCCUUUUGUUCCGGCGCCACCUGGUGUGUGUGUGUUAAAUUGAAUGUACUUGUUUAGUUUUUCUUUAUUGGCUCAUUGUUUAUUGUAUUUUGUUUAAGUAGUUAGUGUUUUGCAAAUUGGUUUGGUUUGUUUAAUUGCAGUGCAAUUUGUGUUCACAGUUUUGAGCCUUAUCUAAUGUUUUGUGCAAAGACAAAAAAACUUUUGUUACCUUUUUUUGUUGUUUGUUGUCCCUGUUUUUUUUUUUUUUGUCAUUUUGAUUUAUUGUUGUUGUUGUUGUUAUUAUUAUCAUUAUCAUCUUUAUUAUUACUAUUAUUGUUGUUGUUGUUGUUGCUGUUGUUUUUGUUUGUAUUGCUUUGUGGGGUUGUAUGGUUUGUUUGUUUUUUUUGUUUUUUGUUUUGUAGUGUUGGCCGGUCCAUUUGGUCUGACUAAAACACAACCCAUUGGCGGACUACCUUGUUAAGGUUCAGUGUACAGUAACUGAAUGUUUGCAUCAUUGGAUCUCCUGUACAGUAUUGUGGCCACCUCAGCAAUUAAUGCCAAUGAAUGUUUAGUAUUUGGGUUAAGCUGACUGGUAAAAUUUUUGAUUGUGAGGGUUUUUGUUUUUAUUGACGUUGAUGUGUUUUAAUCAUGGAGAAAUAAACUAAUGAUUUUGUGGCA